AUGAAAAGGAAAGCCGGUGUGUCUGAUGAGGCCACCAGGGACACCAAUGGACCUUUUGCUCCUGAACCCACAACCGUUGGUCAUGACGUCGUAUCCGAUCCUUUAGACUCUGAUCUGUCUAGACUUAAGGGAACCAGCGAACUAGCACGUCCACCGAAAGAUGACAAAUCCGCAGAACCGGUAGCUGCAAGUUUAGAUGAGCCAAGUGACAUGCCAGGCGAUGAGCAAGAGCAACACGAUACAUCCUCGGCCGAUAUAAGACCAAAUGCCAAGUUAGAGCUGGCUGAUAAGUCGAUAGAUACGGAUGCGACUGCUCCAAGUGUUGAGUUGGAGCUGGCUGGUAACUCGAUAGAUCCGGUUGCGAGUGCUCCAAGUAUGGAAGCCGAAACAGCUACCUUAGAGAACGAACGACUUGGAGAGCUUAAUGAUGAAUAUGAGCUCGCCGAGUUUGAACGAGAGUUGGAAGAAAUGGUUAUUCCGGACAAUCUAGUGAAACUCGGACAAAGAGAGAAGACUUCCCAGACCGAUGCGGAUGAGAAUCAGGGCCAAAAUAAAUCGGCAAAGGAGCGUGAUAUAUAG